UUACAGAUGAAAGCAUUUUCUCUGAUCCAGGAAAACGCAUGUCUAGAGGUUCCAUUGAUGCGGGAGAUCUGAUGAGGGUGACAACUCCUACAGCAACUGAAAUGAUGCUACCUUGGAAAAGAGAGGAAGAAGGAUCGGGACCUGUACAACAAAGCGAGUUUCCAGCUUGGGCCUCCAAUAAGGAGUACCUGGCGUACAAUUCCCCUUCGGCAACAUUCUUAGGAAUAUCAAUAAUCUCAAAGCAAUGCCGUGGUGCCAGGGAAGAAGGAGAUAAGUCUAUUUUUUAGAAUUCUCUGUGGUUCGACUUAAAGUUUAAGUAUUGUUCUGAAAUCGGGUAUGUAAAUACAGC